UGAGCUAGGGCCGGUCCGGCAGCUCGCCCGCGCCCGCCGCCCGCGCCCGCCGCAGCCCCGCGCCCGCCCCGGCCCGCCCCGCGCCCGCCAUGUCCGAGAUCCUACCCUACGGCGAGGACAAGAUGGGCCGCUUCGGCGCGGACCCCGAGGGCGCCGACCUCUCCUUCAGCUGCCGCCUGCAGGACACCAACUCCUUCUUCGCGGGCAACCAGGCCAAGCGGCCCCCCAAGCUGGGCCAGAUCGGCCGGGCCAAGCGAGUGGUGAUCGAGGAUGACCGGAUAGACGACGUGCUGAAGGGGAUGGGGGAGAAGCCGCCGUCCGGAGUGUAGACGCGCCGGCUCGGGCGGCGGGCUCCGGGCCCGGCCCCGCAGCGGCCAGGAGCGCGGGCCGGCGAUGCGGCUGCGGCUGCGGGCGCCCCCCGCCCGGCCCCGGCCCCGGCGCCCGCGGGCGGGGGCUGCAGGGCUGCGCCGCC